UUGUGUUGUGCUUUCUGCGCAUGCGCCACGUCGAAAGCUCUGUCGAGGUCGAAUUGUAGGAUUUCCUCGGUCUUGGCUAAAAUAAGGCAAAAUGCCUGCAGACUAUGAUAAAGGAGCAUACCCGGAGCCUCCUCGGCAGACUCCGGCUGUGGACAAACAGACAGCCCUGCCAAACCCGGCCCUGAUUCUGUCUAAACUCUUCUAUUACUCCGUGGACCUGCCUGUCACCACAUUUAGAGAUUUUGUGGACAGCAUUCGGGUUAAAAACAAGACCGUAUACUACCACCAGAAGUUCCGCCGUGUUCCUGACCUGACUGCCUGCGAGGAGGGAAAUUACGUCUGCUACUACGAGGCAGAGAUGCAGUGGAGGAGAGACUAUAAAGUGGAUCAGCAGAUCGUGAAGAUCGUCCAGGAGCGUCUGAGGGCCUGCCAGCAGAGAGAAGGAGCCAGCUAUCACCAGAACUGUGCCAAAGAAAUGCAGCAGUUCGAACAGGUGGCCAAGAACUUCCAGUCCUGCUAUGGGGACCUGGGAGUGUAUGCCAGCGGGAGGAAAUGUCUGAUGAAGCAAAAAGAGAGAAUGAUGGCAGCUCAGGGUCAGAAAGCUUAAGUUCAGUUCUAUCUGUCUUGUGUAAUAAUUGUAAAAUAAACUUUAUGUCACAAAUCA